ACCCAGCCCUUUCUUUCUCGAUCUCCUUUCCUAUCUCUACAGUUCCGGCCGAUUCUCAGACAUCUCCAAUCGUUCCCCUUUUUCCUCAAAUGAUCCAUUGCUACCACGAUGCUUUUCCACUUCCUGUGGGUCACCGGACAGCAGGAUAUCUAAGGAAGAAGACUGUGCAGGAGAAGGAGCAAAGACAGAGCAAUCAUCAAUUGAAACAAUGGAGGUGGGUUGCAUCAAACCCUAAAGCAGAUCUAGCAGAAGCAUCGGACCCAAAAGCAAAUCUAGCGAAAGCAGGGAAAGGACGCUGCAGAUGUCCUAGAAGCUAGUUAUUUGGGCAUCUUCCUUUGUUUCACAUUAAACAAUUGUUUCUUAUAAAUAUAUUAGCUAAUUAGCCACCACCCAUUUGUCUGCUCUUUUCAAAAUCUUUGAUAUCACUUCUGGGUCUUGGUGCUUUUUCUCAGGGGUAGUUUCGAUCAGGGUAAUUGAGGUUUGGGUUUUUAUUUUUGUUGGAUUUUGCUUUAAUCUGGGUGUAUUCUUAUGCUGU